AUGGCCGAUGCGAUGGUUGUAGAUCCAGUCAACAAUCUUGACAAAAAUGGGUUCGAACCCUUAAAGGCAGAAUUUUAUGAAGGAAAGCAUAUUGCUGAACCUAUCAAAGAAAUCAAGGACAAAUGGAAGUUAUUGCCAGCUUAUCUGAAAGUGAAGGGUCUUGUUAAGCAGCACAUCGACUCCUUCAACUAUUUCGUCGAUGUUGAUCUAAAGAAGAUCAUCAAGGCAAACGAAAAAGUAACUUCCGAUGUUGAUCCUCACUUUUAUUUAAAAUAUACCAAUAUUCAUGUCGGUAUGCCAGAACGUACUGAUGCCAACGCUGCCAAUAAAAGCUAUACACCUCACGAAUGUCGGCUUCGUGAUCUUACCUAUUCCGCCAACAUCUAUGUCGAUGUCGAAUACACCCGUGGACGUCAAAUUGUUAAAAGAAAAAAUGUUAUGAUUGGUCGUCUUCCAAUCAUGUUACGUUCAUCGCACUGUGUUCUCACCGGUAAAAAUGAAGCCGAGCUUGCUCGUAUGAAGGAAUGUCCUCUUGACCCCGGAGGAUACUUCGUUGUCAAGGGUACUGAAAAGGUCAUUCUUGUGCAAGAACAAUUGUCAAAAAAUCGUAUUAUUGUCGACUUGGAUAAAAAGGGCGGCAUUAUUGCUAAUGUGCAAUCAUCAACCCACGAACGUAAAUCGAAGACAGCCGUUUACGUGAAGAACGGGAAAAUUUAUUUGAAACACAAUUCCAUUUCAGAAGAUAUACCCGUUGCGAUUUUUAUGAAGGCAUUGGGCAUACAGUCAGACAGAGAAAUUGCGCAGUUGGUCUGUGGUAAUGAUCAUGAUUUGAACGACGCCUUUGCAAUUAAUAUCGAAGAAGCAUCUCGUUUGAGAAUCUUCACACAGCUUCAGGCCCUGGAUUACAUUGGCGGCAAAGUCAAGGUGAACCGAAAGCUGUCCACAGUACGAAAGACACAAGCAGAGGAGGCAUUGGAAGUCUUGGCUACCGUCAUCUUUUCUCAUGUCCCGGUAGAUAAUUUGAAUUUUAGAGAAAAGAGUAUUUACGCAGCCGUCAUGAUUCGUCGUGUUCUUGUCGCAAUGAUUGAUGAAGUGCAGGUUGAUGAUAGAGAUUACGUUGGUAACAAACGUUUAGAAUUAGCAGGUCAAUUAUUGUCGUUGCUUUUCGAAGAUUUGUUCAAAAAGUUCAACUCGGAUCUGAAAAUGAAUGCAGACAAAGUUUUGAAGAAACCCAACCGAACUCAAGAGUUUGAUAUCUUUAAUCAACUUAUUUUACACGGCGACCAUAUCACCAGCGGAUUCAUUCGGGCUAUUUCUACUGGUAAUUGGGUGUUAAAGCGUUUCAAGAUGGACCGUGCGGGUAUUACCCAAGUUUUAUCUCGUUUAUCUUAUAUCUCAGCAUUGGGUAUGAUGACUCGUAUUACAUCUCAGUUCGAAAAAACCAGAAAAGUAUCAGGUCCAAGAGCUUUGCAACCGUCACAGUGGGGUAUGCUUUGUCCUUCUGAUACACCUGAAGGUGAAGCAUGUGGUUUGGUCAAAAACUUGGCGCUAAUGACUCACAUUACAACUGAUCAAGAAGAAGAGCCCAUUCGACAAAUUGCCUUCUCUUUAGGCGCCGAAGAUGUAAAUAUGCUAACCGGUGCAGAACUUUUCCUUCCCAAUACAUUUAUUGUCUUUUUGAACGGUAAUAUUCUGGGUAUCACGCGUCGCGUGCAACAAUUUGUUAAGAAUUUCCGUCGUCUACGUCGUGCUGGUCGUAUAUCGGAAUUUGUCUCGAUCUUUGUCAAUACACAUCAAAGAACCGUCAAUUUAUCUUCAGAUGGUGGCCGUAUCUGUAGACCACUGAUUAUUGUAGAGAACGGUAAACCUACUGUGAAGCAGCAUCAUAUUGAUGAUUUGAUUGCAGGAAAGUUGGUUUUUGAUGAUUUCUUGAAAAUGGGCCUUGUUGAAUAUGUUGAUGUCAAUGAAGAAAGUGAUGCCAACAUUGCUAUUUACGAACAAGAUAUUAUACCACAGACUAGCCAUUUAGAAAUUGAGCCUUUCACCCUUCUUGGUGCAGUAGCUGGUCUGAUUCCCUAUCCUCAUCACAAUCAAUCUCCCCGUAACACUUAUCAAUGUGCUAUGGGUAAGCAGGCCAUCGGUGCGAUUGGUUAUAACCAGUUGAACCGUAUUGAAACCUUGAUUUACCUCAUGGUCUAUCCUCAACAACCCAUGGUCAAGUCCAAAACCAUUGAAUUGAUCGGUUAUGACAAGCUGCCCGCUGGUCAAAACGCCACUGUUGCUGUUAUGAGUUAUUCUGGUUAUGAUAUUGAAGAUGCCUUAGUCCUUAACAAAGCAGGUCUGGAUAGAGGAUUUGGCCGUUGUCAGGUGAUGAGGAAAUAUGCUACCUUAGUAAAGCGUUAUCCCAACGGCACACAUGAUCGUUUGGCUGAUCCACCUGCGCCUGAAUCUGAUAUGUGGAAUCCUAGUUACGAUGCUUUGGAGCAAGAUGGUAUUGCUGGCGUCGGUGAACCACUCGAAGCGGGCUCUAUCUAUAUUAAUAAACAAACACCUGUCAGCGCUGGUAUUGAUGCAGCUGUACCUGGAGCAUCUCAUAGUGUUGCUUACAAAGCAGCUCCUAUGCGUUAUAAAUCUCCUCAAACCGGUUAUGUUGAUAAAGUCCUCUUUAGUACUACUGAAUCUGAUCAAACACUCAUCAAGGUUAAUAUUCGACAAACACGUCGUCCUGAAUUGGGUGAUAAAUUCUCUUCUCGUCACGGUCAGAAGGGUGUGUGUGGUAUUAUUGUUCAGCAAGAAGAUAUGCCUUUCUCAGAUCUAGGUGUCAAUCCUGAUAUUAUCAUGAAUCCUCAUGGUUUUCCAUCGCGUAUGACUGUUGGUAAAAUGAUUGAAUUGUUAGCAGGUAAAGCAGGUGUUUUGGAUGGGUCGCUACAGUAUGGCACAGCGUUUGGUGGCUCGAAGGUAGAAGAUAUGAGUCGUAUCUUGAUCAGUCAUGGCUUCAACUAUUCUGGUAAAGAUUAUGUCACAUCUGGUAUUACUGGUGAGCCACUCUCUGCAUAUAUUUUCUUCGGUCCCAUCUAUUAUCAGAAAUUAAAGCACAUGGUUAUGGAUAAGAUGCAUGCUCGCGCAAGAGGUCCUCGUGCUACGCUUACGCGUCAACCUACAGAAGGUCGUUCAAGAGAUGGCGGUCUUCGUUUGGGUGAAAUGGAACGUGAUUGUUUAAUUGGUUAUGGUGCUUCGCAACUCUUACUUGAACGUCUUAUGAUUUCCUCUGAUGCUUUCGAAGUUCAUGUAUGUGAUAAGUGUGGCUUAAUUGGUUAUGCCGGCUGGUGUCAGUUCUGUAAGAGUUCGAAGUAUAUGAAAACGAUGAAUAUACCCUACGCUGCUAAGUUACUCUUCCAAGAAUUAAUGGCAAUGAACAUCUCACCUCGACUUAUUUUAGAGGACGCUAUCUAA